AUGAGAACCAUAUCCGUUGGGUUCACUAUUUACGAGGCACAAAACUUAGAGGCCGAAGAUAAGACUUUGCUGGAUCCACUAGUAGUUGUGCGCUGUUGUAACCAGGAAUAUAUAACGAAAAAAAAGAAAAAAAAAUACAAUGCAGUGAACUGGGAAGAAAGUCACAUAUGGGAUAGAAUUAGUUUAUCAGAAAUAGAAUGGAAUGUGGCUAAAAUAGAAUUCGAGGUUCAGAGCGCAAAUACCUUCUGGAGAAAUGAUAUAAUAGGAGUAAUUUCAUUCGAAUUGAAAUUAAUUAAAAAUAAACAAAAUCAUGAGAUCUAUGGAACCUAUCCUAUAUUAUAUAAAAAUGGGACAGAAAUAAGGGGCCAGCUGAGAUUAAAGGUAAUUGUCUGUGACGAAAAGGAUUAUACUGCCAAUAAUGAUAUACUUAACAAUUUAUCUGAAAGAAAUAAUAGAUCCAUUUCUUAUACAGGUUUAGGUGGUUAUGAAGAUGAGGAUGAAGAUAACUUUUACACAAAUUUGACUAAAGCAGUAGUGGAAGAAAAUCCCAUAAUGGUAAGAGACGCACAUUGUAGGUAUUACUACCUAUAUGUGAAUAUACACAAAAUAGAAGAUAUAUAUAUAGAUGUGAAUAAAAAAAAACUGAGAGAUUUGUAUGUAACAUGUGAAUUUAAUGGAUGCCAUCUGAAAUCAAGUCAAGGAAGAAAUUGUGUAAAUUAUACUUUCAAUGAAUGCUUUAAAAUUCCUAUUGCUACUCCAAUUUUAGAAGAUUCUAUAGUUAUAAAAAUAUGGGAUUGGAACUUUUUAUCAAAUGAUGAAUUAUUAGCUGUUGGUGUUCUAUCCUUUAAUCAGAUAAAAAACGAAUCAUUAAACCCUACCUGGAUAAAUUUAUAUGGGUUUCACAAAAACGAAAUGAAUUUUGAAAAUGAUACCAAUCAUUUUAACAAUCCUGAUUUUAGUUUGUCUCUAGAGGGAAAUUUUUAUCUUGGGAGAAUAUGUAUAAGUUCAUAUGUAGAAAGAAUAAACAAUUUUGAUAAUCUAAAUAUUGCAAUGACUCAAAGUUGCUUAUCUUUCGAUGAUCCAUUAUAUAUUCCCGUAACUUUAUUGUGUGAUAUAUAUCUAGUUACUGGUAUUUUAGCUAAUAAUAUUUAUGUCCAAAUAUCUUGUGGUCCCUUUAGGAAACAGACAGAUUGUGUUUAUGUAAACGAGGGAGAAAUGUAUACAAUAGAGAGUAGAGGUGCAUAUAAAAAGGGAAUGAGAAAUGUGAGAAAUUUUACAUCCAUUACAAAUGGAGAUUAUAAAAAGUAUGAACUAAACAGUGAGAACUAUGAAAAUGUGAAAAAUAAACAAACGAACUUUGCUAAUUUGUUCAAUUUUGAUGAUAUACUAAAUUUGGAUAACUUCUUCACAAAAGUUACAGAAAAGCAAAAAAUUAUCGAAAUGUAUGAAAACACUGAAUUUUAUUUUACAUCCAGAAAUGGAAAAAUAGAAAAUAUGAAAUUCUGUGUAGUUAAAGAUGAGAUGCAACAAUGGGAUGUUCUAAUAAAUGUAUUCGAGAGGGGUUCUAACUAUUAUAACUGUAAUAAUAAUGAAUACCUGGAUGAGCAUAAUGGCGAAGGUGGUACAGAGGAAGAAACAAAAAGACUGACCGAUAGGCAGAAGUAUAUAAUGAAUAAACGGAAAAUGAAAAAAGGGAAAAGAGGAAAAUAUGCACAAAAAGAAGCAUCAAGAGGAGGAAGAAAGGAAGAAGAAAAGGAUAAUGUUUACAACAAUGACAGACGAAUCGCGUACUAUAGAAUUCCCCUAAAAAACGUCCUUUUGUACAAUGAAAAAUUGUCUAGGUGUCCCAUUUGGAUACCACUAAAGAAUAUUCCUCAGAAUGUGAAUGGAGAAUUUAAUUGUAUGUAUAACAUUUUUCAAAAUGGAUCGAUAUUAAUUAAUUUAGAGAAAUCGUAUGAUGUGCAUUUAGGAAUAAAUAGAAGAAAAAAUCUCAUUCCAGUUAACUACGAAUUGAGGUGUUACAUUUAUGCAUGUCGAAAUGUUAUAUCCCAUUUUAAUGAAUCUCCUAACACUUUUGUACAUAUUUCAUGUUCAGGGAAAAUGAAAAUUACUUCACUUGUGUUAAGCAAUUCAAAUCCAGUUUUUUUACAAUGUCUAAAAUUGAAUGUAAAAAUUUUAACAGAUUAUUCUGUGGGCUUACCUACAAUACCCCUUAUUGUUGUAACUUUGUACGAAUUUUAUAAUAACACUUUUUAUUUUAUUGGAAGAUGUUUUUGUAAUUAUGAUAUAUACUUGCGUGAUAACCAAAAGAAAUAUAACUUUCCAGAUAGAGGUUCAAAAUACAAUGUAGUUGAUCAAGUAAAACCUAGAUGGAUUAAAUUAAAAGGGAAUAAACAUGUUAAGGCAAUGUAUCCCAAGAAUUUGUGGCAACAUCAUGGAAAUGACAAAAGAGUGGUACAGGAAUACAUGUAUGAAAAACAGAGAGAACUUAGAAGUAAUAGUGUACAAGGGAAAAGAAGAAAUAACUCUGAAUAUACAUAUCCUCAUAAUGAUCUACUAUGUAAUGAAAGAGUAGGAGAUAUACUACUUUACUUUGAGCUGGUGCAAGAAAAAGACGCAAUUAAGUUCCCCACUUAUCCUAUGAUAACAGAAAUAAAAAAAUGCACUUUAUCAUUUUUUUGUAUGUCUCUAGAAAAUUUAAUGCUAAUGAAAAGAAAAAAACAGAUUGAAUUGCUAAAAAAUGAAUCAACCAGAAUUGUUAUCACACACCCAAUUAUUUUACUAUCCAUAACAUCUUAUUCGUCAUACGGGAAAAAAAAUAAUGAACUUGUAAUUAAAUAUGAAAAAUCGUUAAAAUCUAAUGCGAGAAUACAAUUAAAGAAUUGGAAAAAUUCCUUCGAUCAACAAAGCUUUGAAAUGUUUUGUGUCAAAAAUUUAUCUCUUGAUCUACCACUUGAUCCAAUUUUUGAUCCAAUACUGAACAUUAAAGUAUACAAUAAAAAAAUUAAAGAAAAAUAUUUCAUUGGAGAAACAAGUAUAUCUUUAGUCCCUUACUUACCAUGGAUCAAAGACAUAGAUAAAGUCCUCUAUUACUUAAAAGCGCACGAUGAUUAUUCUGAAACAAUCGACAUAGAAAAUGUGGACACUGCUUUUAAUCUGUACAAGAAUAAACAUGCCGCUCUAGUUAUCACUGCUAUUUCUAUGGCUGACUUUGACCAUGCUAUCAGUUUGAAGGAAGAAGUAAAACGACAUGAACUUGCAGAUGAUGAUGAAGAGUGGAAGAAUUUGCCAAUUUUUAGUCAGGAUCAUCAAAGUGGUGCAUAUGGGAGUGAUGCAUAUGGGAAUGGUGCAUAUGGGAAUGAUGCUUAUGGGAAUGGUGCAUAUGGGAAUGGUGCUUAUGGGAAUGGUGCUUAUGGGAAUGGUGCUUAUGGGAAUGAUGCAUAUGGGAAUGAUACAUAUGGGAGUGGUGCUUAUGGGAAUGGUGCAUAUGGGAAUGGUGCUUAUGGGAAUGGUGCUUAUGGGAAUGAUACAUAUGGGAAUGAUGCAUAUGGGAGUGGUGCUUAUGGGAAUGGUGCAUAUGGGAGUGGUGCUUAUGGGAAUGGUGCAUAUGGGAAUGGUGCUUAUGGGAAUGGUGCUCUAUUGAGGGAUCCGAAAAAAGACAUAUAUGGAGAUCCAAAUGUAAACUUCCAGACUGUGCAAAAUGAAGCCCUGGGGUAUGGUCACCAAACGUUCCAACCAAAUGCAAAUCAAAACAAUGAAGUGGUAAUGAACAUGUACAAAAACAACAUACAGAACCCUGGGAUGUAUGGCAUGAUCAACUACGGCAGGGGAAGCAACAUGGAAAUAUUUCCUAAGAAUGGAAUCCAAAUGAAUACUUCGCAUGAAUAUAACAUUAUGAAUGAUAAAUUGAAUAGCCCAUUUGCGAGAAGACAAUACUACACCCAAAUGAAAAGGAAUAAAAAUACAUUUAAAGUAAAAUACGAAAAUGGUAUAUACAAAUUGCAUGAUGAUGGAGUUCCGGAAAUUAUUAAGGCAAGCUAUAAUGUUAAAAAUUAUCCAUACAUAAAAAUUUUAACGAGUAAAUUUAUACUGAAUGUAUAUAUUCCACCUAGAUUUAUUUUAUACGUAGAAGGUGAUAAAAUUAAUGUAGGAAAACGUAUGAAGAACUUUCACCGUGUUUCUGUUGACGGGGUGCUAGAAAGUUAUCUGGAUGAUAUAUUGAUUCCAUCUCUUCCAUUAAAGAAGAAAUUGAACUGUAUUGCAGACAGUUGGCAGUUUGGAAAUGUAAAUGAAAAUAAAAUAACAAAAGAAGGAAUGAAUUUUGCAUGCUAUAAAAAAUUUCCAUUUAUGGAAAUACUAGGUGGACAAAUUAAGUGUUUUACUAAAAUACGUUAUCAAAAUUUAGAAUCUGAAAAUAUUCCAUUGAGUUUAAAAGAUAUAACUAACCAAAAUAUUUUUCGAAAUAAAUUCAGAGGAUCCAAAAAAAUUCCACUUUACCUAAAAAUUAGAGUUUAUGUAUUGAGAGGAAUAGGAAUAUGCGGAAUAAAUAGUAACUACAUGGCUAAUCCAUAUUUAAUUUUUUCAUUAGGAGAAAAAACUUCCAAUUUAAGAAAUUCUUAUAAGGAGCACACUUUGAACCCAGAAUUUCGAUGUAUGUGGGAAAGUGAAGCCAUAUUUCCUGAAGACGAAAUUCUAACCGUUAGCCUUUACAGUGCAGAAGAUAAUUAUGACAAAAGGAUAAGUGAUUUAUACAUAGGUUCAACUGAAAUUAAUUUAUUUGAUAGAUGGACAAGUAAAGAAUGGAGACGCAUGAUGAAAAGAAAUAAAAUCCCUAUUGAGUACAGGCCUUUAUAUAUUAAUCAUUUAAAAUCUCGAAAGGGAGAAAUGGCAGGAGCAAACAUUGACAGUGAGCACAGUCCUGUUUAUUAUAAUAAUACAACUACUACCACUAGUGUAUACGACAAACUAAGCAACUGGAAUAGUAUUUUUUCAUUUUUUGAUAUCUUCACAUAUCUGAUUACACCCAGUUAUUUCCAUUUAUGGGGAGGAGUUGGAGUUGGAGGAAGAAGAAAUUACAGAAAUGAAGAACCCUUUUUGGCGAAUCAAGAAAGACAAAAUAAUGGUAUUCUAGAAAUGUGGGUAGAAAUAAUGGACUAUGAACAAUCCAAAAAAACACCUAUACAUAAAAUGGAAACUCCUAAAAAAACAGACAUCGAAAUAAGAAUCAUUAUUUGGAGAUGCACUAUGCUAUCCGUGGAUGAAAAUAUAAACAAAACGUUCGAUCUAACUGUAACAUCUGAAUUAGAUUGUGUAAAUUACAAUGGAACAAAUCCUGCCAUACAAACAACCGAUGUUCAUUAUAACUGUAAAAAUGGAAAUGCUGUUUUUAAUUGGAGAAUUGUAUAUCCUCGUAUAUCUCAUCCGUUAAAUACAUGCUUCUUACAACUGGCUGCAUAUAAUAAUAACAAUGUUGGAGUUAGUGAAUUCUUAGGGGAAGUAAAUUUAGAAUUAUCAAAAUAUAUCAAUAAGGCAUCGGAAAUUGUAAAUAAAUUAGAAUUAGAUGCUGAACUCAAGUUAAGGAAAAAAAAUGGAAUGGAUUCUGACAAUAAUUAUAAUGGCUACUUACAAGUCACUGUGCAGUUUAUUCCACAAAUCAAGGCAAAUAUAAAACCAGUUGGUCUCGGAAGGCAGGAGCCAAAUAGAAAUCCCUAUCUCAGGACCCCUGACUCUGGUCGGGAUUGGAAUGAUUUUGUUUAUUCCAUAAGCUUCAACGAUAUUUACAAACCUUUCUGGGGAUGGCUAAAGAUGUUUUUCAUUUGUGUUUUGCUCAUCUGGGUCUUCAUCAUGUCAUUUGUUUACCCUUCCCUCCUCAUAUAA